AAGGACGCAUUGGGUUGAGUCUCUGUAUCCAAAGCUACGCAUUGCUAUCUCUUUGGAAAAGAAUAUUAUAUAAAAAUAUACACACACUUGUCUUCUUUACUGGGCUCUGGUCUGAAUCCGAAGCCUUUUUUUAGGUAUCGAGUGCAGUGCAGUGUCUGUGGAGGAAAGGUUGGAGAAGAAAUUAAGCAGCAGGGAAACGAAUCGGAGCUUCCAUCUGGGUUUUUACUGGAAUUCAAUUUCUAACCUACCCUAAUUAGUCAUACAUACAGUACACCCAUUCGUUAUUGCUCCUCCUCCUUGGUCUCUCUUCAUUUUCUUUCUGUGCCAUGUUCACAACAGAAGUGUGCGUUUAAUUUGUUUACUGUGUGUUGUCUUAAUCUUCUUCUUCUUCUUCUUCUUCUUCUUCUUCUUCUGUUAUCUUCUGGGAAAGAUGAAUAAAGAAGCUUUCUUUCUCUUUGAUUCACACAAACAUCUCUUCUUUUGAGCUUCACUUUCCUACAAACUUUCUCACUAAUCCGAGGGUUUGUUUCCUCUUUUCUGUGUCACUAUGCCUUCGCUUUAACGUUGCCUUCCUCUCUUUAUUCUUACAGAAUCUGUCUUCUCUUCUCUUCUCUUCUCUUACCUCAUCUUCUUCCUUUAUCUCUUCACGCCAUUAAUCAAAUCCCCUUUCGCUUUCAAUGCGAAUCUGAAAAGCACUAAAUAUCUCUCUCUUCUCAAAAAAUCAUGUUGUCCGAUUCACCGCUGCUCAAAUACACCCAACAAAUCACCCAAACUACAAUCUACAGUACCAUCACCUCCCCUCCCAUGGCGGCCCGAACCGUACGGUUCUGCGUCACGGACGCCGACGCCACCGAUUCCUCCGGGGACGAGAACGACGGGUUUCAUUCCAAGCGACGGCGGGUCAGAAAAUUUAUCAACGAGGUUAAAAUUCAGCCCUAUUGUUGUCGGAACGGUGGCCGGAAUGCUGACGUGUUAGGUGCCUGUAACCGCCGGAUAAGGAAGAAGAGCGCCGCCGGGCGAGCCGCGAAGUCAGGGGAUGUUCGAAAGUUCCGCGGCGUGCGUCAGCGGCCCUGGGGGAAAUGGGCGGCGGAGAUCCGGGACCCCCUCCGGCGGGUGCGGCUUUGGCUCGGCACCUACGACACGGCGGAGGAGGCCGCCAUGGUGUACGACCACGCCGCCAUCCAGCUCCGUGGCCCCGACGCGCUCACAAACUUCUCACCGCCGCCGGCCGAUAGCAACAAAGAAAGCUCCGGUUACUUCUCCGGCGAGGAGUCCCAUAAGUCUCCCAAGUCCGUCCUCCGCUGCAUCUCCGCCGCCGAUUCCCAGCCCGACCCUGAACCCGAGCCCGAACCCGAACCCGACGUCGAGACGUCUUCCAUAUUCUCCCCCUCCAAUAAAUUACCUCCGACAAAAGAUGCCGACGACGAGAACUUCUCGCGGUUCUCCAUGUUCGCCGAUGACCUCUUCGCCGGCUUCGAAAACCCGGAGCCCCUACCCGAUUUGUUCAGCCAAGCGGGUCUACCCGAUAACAUAUUCGGGAUUGAUUUGGACUACUGCAGCAAUGAGAUGCUUAUCGGAUCGAAUACGGAUUUAAGAUUCGGGUCCCCCGCCCCGCCCGUGGACGAUGAUUACUUCCAAGACUUGGGGGACAUAUUCGGGUCGGACCCUCUCAUUUCCAUAUGAGUGCAGCCUUAAGGGAUAAGAACAUUGUAAUUAGAAAAAUCAGCAAGCAAUUUGCUGAGAUUUCACCAGUUUUGAGCCUUAAAUUUAAUAUUAAUUUAUCUUCUUUUUUUA